AUGGACGCCAAAUACACCAUUGGAAUGCUUGAAAGUCACCACCAACAUCACACUACUCGACCCAUUGAUUUCAUGGACACCAAAAUGGACGCCAUUGUUGGGAAUGCUCAUUACCCUACAAACCCUGAUCACUUAGCCAUGGUUGGUGGGCUAGCUGGAGAUCACAUCGCCGCCGCCGGGCAUACUCUGUCGCCGAGUUUCCAUGGCCUUUGCUCCCCUUAUGGGCUGUCACUCGAUGGGAACACCAUUGGACAAGGACUGAUGAUUCCUUAUGAUCAGCAUGAACCAAAUGAGGAGCCAAAUGCAAUGGAUGUGAAACCAAAUACAAAGCUUCUGGCUUUGGAAUGGCAAGAUCAGGGAUGUUCAGACAAAGUUGAAUCGUAUGGAUACAUAAAUGGAAUUGGGUCGUCUUGGAAUGGGAUGAUGAAUGGAUAUGGACCAUCAACAACGAACCCAUUGGUGUAA